AUGGAUCCAGACAACUCUCGACGAAGUGCGUGUGAUCGAUGUCGAGGCCAGAAGCUUCGCUGUGUUAGGCCUCCAAAGCAAGCCAAUGCCGCAGAUGGACAGACACUUCAACCUUGCGAGCGAUGCACGAAGGCAGGUGCUGGAUGUUUUAGUACCCUUCCUCCUCCUCGAAAGCUCACUAGGACUGAAAGGCUACCGAGUCCAUCUAAUUCGACUCUUAUAUCAUCGCAGAAGAGGAAAAUACACCAUACGCUUGCCGCGAAUGAUGUUAACGAGUAUCAGCCAGGUUUCGGGGCCGAUAGUUCUUUAUCUACUAAUGGCAACGGUUCUGUCCCGACAAGCGGCUUAUCAUCGACUUCUGGUUCGUCACCAACGCACAGGCGAGGAAGUUCUCAGGCGCCGACGACAGGAUGGGAUAAGGAGCGGGGGUUCAGAAAGCUAGAUAUAGUGCAGCAUGAGCCGCAAAAGUUCAAUGACCAUGCCACCAUAGAGAGGCGAAGGAGAGGUCUUGGCGAUAUACAAUCGCCCACGGCGGGCUUAGCGGAUACACCAGCGUUCAGCAUGAACAGAAGUCCAGCUUCUGAUCCUAUUGGAAUAAGCACCUUUGAUUAUGGAAUUGGCUUGGUUUCACAGCCUGACACUAUGCCCCCUGACGAUGGAACCACAUGGAUGGAUAUGCUGCUCUAUCAGGCGAAAGGUAGUCUGGCGACGGGGAAGGACGAUAAUUUAAUGGGAAAAGGGGGUAAUCAAGUACUUGCAAGAACGGAUGACUGCUUACAUCGACUAUCAGAGCUUAGCUCACAAUUGCUAAAGGACUUUAGCAGAAUGAGCUCUAUGAGAUUUCAUGACCUCCUAUCCUCUUCAUUCUACUGCGACCCCAAUAAUGCGCAGAGCCUGCACGAUUCGGAAAGAUCCAUGUGCCAGGAGAAUGCUAUUGGGAGGAUGCUGAAUAAUUCCCAGACCUUUUUGGACACAUUGCAGCAUCUCAUUCCCGGUAUCCCUUCAAGCUCUGAGUCGGAGUGUUCGUAUUCCGAAGACGGUGAUGACCUUGCUUACACAAGAAGAAUGGUCGUUGACUCCGGCGAUCCAAGCCGUCUUUUGUUAGGUCACACAAGGGCAUCUUCCAAUGGAUCACCGAAGUCAUUCUCCGGUACUGUCGGUGUGCCCACGGUGCUGACUGUGUUUACCUGUUACGCUUGGCUCCUCCAAACCUACGACAAAAUAUUCUCAUUGCUACAUACCGCACUUGCAUCCGAAAGCCAGCUAUCUUUGCAGUCGUUACCCAACGUUCUCCCAGGCUUGCAUGUCGGGGGCUUCAGCCUAGAUGACCAUCAGUCCCUGCAAAUGGAAAUGCUAAUCCACCUUAGUACACAAAUGCUAGAGCGCAUCGAAGAGGCUUUUCGAAUGAACCUAACAAGCCAAGUGAAAGAUAGCCGAGAGAAUUGGAUGAAUGACCAUGAAACACCCGUUUCUACCUUUUUAGACACUAUUCUAGAGCCAAAUCCUCUAAAGAUUCUAGAAGGAGAUCAAAAAAAGGGGGUAGAAGGGAUAAAACAAACCAUGGAACGUAUUCGAAGAAUACUUAGAGGCAUCUCUUAG